UUAUUUAUAAUAUUAUUUCUGAGUAUAUUUGAAAGACGACGAGAUCCUAAAAGAUGGAAAUGUUUAAAUGGAAGACCGGGAUUAUUAGUCCCAGUGAAUCUAUUGGAUGGCGAUGAAGAUAGAAUGGCCUACGCUGCUGCUUUUGGUUCAACAGCUACUAAUUGUUUGACUUUGAUUCAAGGUCAAUUUAUACCAGAAGAUUGUCCUAUCUGGUUUAAAAUUCCAUACGCCAUGCUAGCUGUAAUAGAAAUGGGUAUAGAUUAUUAUCCAUUGUUUGCCUGUUUAUCUAAGAAAACUAGUCUAAUAGAUUCUGUAAUUGGUCUUGUUUACAGUGUACUUUG